AUGGAGUAUGAAUCAGAGACGUCCUCCGAAAGCAUUUCGUCAAAUAACCAUGAUACCCCACCACCAACCCUAACCGAUCCCCCCUCCGCCAGCGGCGGCGAAUGGCGCCCUUGUCAACAAUACGUUCCCUACAGACGAGAACGCGAUACAAAUACUGCUCCUGAUCCCGCUCUUACAAAGCCAUUGAAAGCAGCCGACCCCGCGACCCUGCCAGGAGGCAAAAAGUCUCUUGCCGGCGUAUCUAUCCGCUCGUUCAUUCUAGGGCAGGUUUUCGGUUUCUCCCUCCUCCUAACCUUCCUUCUGUUGAAGCUGUCGAAUCCGCUCUGGCGCGCUCCGUUUUUCCUCACGACUCUCAGCCUCUUCCAUUUUCUCGAAUACUAUCUCACAGCUCAAUAUAAUACCCCCUAUGCGUCGAUAUCUGCCUUUCUGCUCUCCUCGAACGGAGCGGCGUAUAAUCUUGCACAUACCUCUGCGUUGGCUGAGUGUUUGCUAAGUCGCCUGUUUUUGCCUGUAAGAUAUAUUAGAUGGACAUCUAUGGCGUUCGGGGGGAUUAAGGUGCAAAUUGGUCUGGGAUUAAUUUUCAUGGUUGUCGGACAAAUUGUCAGGUCGUUAGCAAUGCGACAAGCUGGGACAAAUUUCACACAUACGAUUCAAUCCCGGCGAAGGGAAGGGCAUACGUUGGUUAAAGAGGGCAUUUACAGCAUCCUCCGUCACCCGAGUUACUUUGGCUUUUUCUGGUGGGGCCUAGGGACUCAGCUUGUUCUGGGAAACGUUGUUUGCUUCUUCAGCUAUGCCAUUGUGCUUUGGCAGUUCUUUUCAUUCCGUAUAAAGAGAGAGGAGAAGCUGCUGGUUGGCUUUUUUGGUAAGGAGUACAUCGACUACCGACAAAAAACACGGGUUGGAAUUCCCUUCAUUUCGUGA